AUGACGGGAUCGGAUGACUCUGCAAAGCUCCGAGCUCGCCGGUUCCUGCUGCAGGCGCUGCCCGGGGCUCUGCGGGAGGAGUUGGCUCCGUCUCGGUCAUCCCGGAGCCGGCCCGGGCUCGCAUUCCCGUGCCGGGAUGGAUCUAAACCCCUCCACGGCCAGGGAGUCUGCAGGGAUCCUUCCUUGGAGAAAAACACAGCGGGGACCCAGCUGGGCGAGGCUGCAGCCGGGGCUGAGAUCCCGCUGGACAGGGCUGGAGCCCGGCUGGAUGUGGAUGCAGAUGGAGCAGGGAUUCCCCUGGAUGUGGGUGAAGGUGGGACAGGAAUCCCACUGGACAUGGAUGAAGGUGGGACAGGAAUCCCGCUGGACAUGGACGCAGAUGAAGCAGGGAUUUCACUGAAUAUGGAUGCAGAUGAAGCAGGGAUCCUGCUGGACAUGGGUGCAGAUGGGACAGGGAUCCCAGCAGAUAUGGGUGCAGCAGGGAUCCCGCUGGAAACGGGUGUAGGUGGGACAGGAAUCCCACUGGACAAGGAUGCAGACAAAGCAGGGAUCCCGCUGGACAGAGGUGCAGGAAUCCCACUGGAUGAGGAUGUAGAUGGAGCAAGAAUCCCGCUGGACAUGGACACAGACAGGGCAGGGAUCCCACUGGACAGGGAUGCAAGUGGGACGGGGAUCCCAGCAGAUGCAGGUGGGACAAAAAUCCCAUUGGACAUGGGUGCAGACAGAGCAGGAAUCCCGCUGGACAUGGACACAGACAAAGCAGGAUUCCUGCUGGACAUGGGUGCAGAAAGAGCAGGAAUCCCGCUGGAUAUGGACACAGACAGGGCAAGGAUUCCAGACAAUGCAAAUGGGACAAAAAUCCCAUUGGACAUGAGAUCAGAUGGAGCAGGAAACCCGCUGGACAUGGACACAGACAGGGCAGGGAUCCCAGUGGAUGCAGGUGGGACAAAAAUCCCAUUGGACAUGGGUGCAGAUGGAGCAGGAAUCCUGCUGGACAAGGAUGCACACAGAGCAGGAAUCCCACUGGACGUGGGUGCAGACAGAGCAGGAAUCCUGCAGGACAUGGACACAGACAAAGCAGGGAUCCCAAAUGACACAGAAGGAGCAGGAAUCCCUCAGAACAUGGAGGCAGAGGCAGCGGGCAGCCCUGUGGACUCGGACACCGCGGAGCGCCGCUGCCUGAGCCUGGAAGAGCUGGGCGAUUAUUUCCAGGAGUGCAUCGAGAUCGUGGAGCAGCUGGAACGCGAGCGGGACGAGCUCAUCUCCGAGCUGGCCCAGCUCCGCGAGCCGGCGCUGCAGGAGAUCCGCCACGCUCACCAGGAGAUCCAGGCGGCCUGCAGGCUGCUGGCCAAGGUGGAGCUGGAGAGGGACAACCUGCGGGACGAGAUCCGCCAGAUCAAGCAGAAACUCUUCAAAGUGACCAAGGAAUGCGUGGCCUGCCAGUACCAGCUGGAGAGCCGCCGGCACGACCUCUCGCAGCACGCCGCCUACCAGGGCGAGCUGCAAAACCAGGCGGGCCAGCUCUCCGGAGAGCUAGCCCAGCUCAAGGAGAGCUGCGAGAAGGAGAAGGAAGCCCUGAGGCAGCGCCUGGAGGCUCCUCCGUGCCGCCAGGACAAUCUGUACCUGCAGGAGAGCCGGCGGCUGUCGGUGGAGUUUGAGAGUUUCGUGGCGCAGAGCCGCCGGGGUUUGGAGGAGCACUACGAACCGCAGCUGCUGCGGCUGCUGGAGCGGCGCGAGGCCGGGGCCAAGGCGCUGCAGGAGAUGCAAGGAGAGAUUCAGGGCAUGAAGGAAGCCCUGAGGCCCUUGCAGGGCGAGGCCAGCCGGCUGAGGAUGCAGAACCGCAGCCUGGAGGAGCAGAUUGUCCUGGUCAAGCAGAAGAGGGACGAGGAGGUCGGGCAGUACCGGGAGCAGGUGGAGGAGUUGGAGGACAGGCUGAAGGAGCUCAAGAACGGGGUGCAGCUCCAGCAGCGCAAGAACCAGGAGCUGGAGGAGCUGAGGAGCAGCCUCCACCGCGAGCUCUCCAUCUACAAGAGCUGCUUGGAAAUCUACGGCCACCUCUGCAAAUCGGAGGAAAAAGCAGAACAGGACUGUUAAAACCACAGRAUUUUCCUCUUUGUAGCAAAAUACAACAGUCAGAGGAUCUAAAAGGGACAUCUCCUCCUGCUGCUUUAUCCUGCAGGGAUAAAAAAAUAAAAAAUCYUUUCCCUGGGUAUUUUCCCAGGUGCUGCUGUUGCUCGUGUAGUAAAAAACUGCUUUUCCCCAGAGGARCAGAGCAAUCUUUGCACUGAACAAUGGAUGAGGAAUAACUGAUUGAUGUUUUGCUGUGUUUGAGAAAAUGUUAUCUUUUUUUCAGAUGGUUUAAACCUUCCAGAAAGUUCUGGAAGCUGAUGUGGGAGGGGUUGACUUUUAAAGUUUACAUGCAAGAGAAGCUUUCUCCUUUGAAGAGGAUUUUCUUUUGUAUUUCAAGGGUUUUCUGCUGUACUGGGAUGUGCUCCACAGAAACGAGGUGGUGGGGAAGAGAUUUCCACUUUAUAUCGAGUCUCACACUGAAAAUAAAAGGUCAGAGUUUAAGGAGCCUUUCCAUUC